AUGGGCAAAAAAAUUAGAUCUGAAGAGAAGAAGACUUCUAGUAAGAAGGAUGUUUCUCCUAAAAAGGGAGACGUUCAAAAACCAACCAAGAAUAAGGAAGUAGCCAAGAAGGCUGCAAAGAAGGUUUCCGAAAAGAAGUCCAAAUCUAGCUCUAAGAAAUCAAAGAAGCAAGAGUCUUCUUCUGAAUCCUCUUCCGAAUCUGAAGAAGAAAAGCCUGCUCCUAAGAAGUCUAAGAAGGAAGAAAAGAAGGAAAGCAGCAGUGAAGAGUCCUCUUCUGAAUCUUCUUCUGAUAGUGAAGAGUCCUCUUCUGAAUCUUCUUCUUCUGAGUCCUCUUCUGAGUCCGAUUCCGAAUCUGAAGAAGAAAAGCCUGCCCCUAAGCAAGACAAGAAGAAGGAAGAGAAGAAGGAAAGCAGCAGUGAGUCCUCCUCUGAGUCUGAAUCUUCUUCCGACUCUGAGUCCGAUUCCGAAGAAGAAAAGAAGGAAGAAAAGAAGGAAAGCAGCAGUGAGUCCUCCUCUGAAUCUGAAUCUUCUUCCGACUCUGAGUCCGAUUCCGAAGAAGAAAAGAAGGAAGAAAAGAAGGGAAAGAAGAGCUCUAAGUCUAGUUCUUCUGAAAGUGACUCUGACUCUGACUCCUCUGAUUCCGAUUCUUCUUCUAGUGAUGCUUCCUCUGGAUCAAGCGAAAAGAAGCGUAAGGCUGAAGCUGUCGAAGAAGAGAAGCCCGCCAAGGUUUCCAAACCCGUUGAUUCUAAUGAGUCCUGCACCCUUUUCGUCGGCCGUCUUUCUUGGAGUGUCGACGACCAAUGGUUAGGCAGUGAAUUUGAGGAAUUCGGUACCGUUGUUGGUGCUCGUGUUAUCAUGGAUGGCCAAAGUGGUCGAUCUAAGGGUUAUGGAUACGUUGACUUUGACUCUCCUGAAGCAGUGAAGAAGGCAUGUGAGGUGUCCGGCCAGAAAGAGAUUGAUGGUCGUGCUGUUAACUUGGACGUUUCCGCUCCCCGUCCUUCCAACCCUCAACCCUAUGGUCAACAACGUGCUGGAAAGUUUGGUGACCAACUUUCUGCACCCAGUGAUACCGUAUUUGUUGGAAAUCUUUCUUUCAACGUUACUGAGGAUGAUGUUGGCUCUGCAUUCGCCACUUGUGGUGAAAUUCAAUCCGUUCGUUUGCCUACUGACCCUCAAUCUGGUCGUCUCAAGGGUUUUGGUUAUGUUACCUUCUCCGACAUCGACUCUGCUAAGCGCUGUGUUGAAAUGAACGGUCAUUUCAUUACUGGUCGUCCUUGCCGUCUUGACUUCUCCACUCCUCGUACUGGAGGUGGUGGCCGUGGCGGUUUCGGCGGUGGUCGUGGUCGCGGUGCCCCCCGUGGUGGUGGCCGUGGAGGUGCUCGCUCUGGCAACCCCAAUCGUGGUUCUGUUACUGAAUUCAGCGGCAACAAAGUUACUUUUGACUAA